AUGAAGAACUCUCUCACCGUGACGAGCAUUCAGGCUCAGUGCUGGCCUGUAGCUUUCAAGGGCAGGGAUCUUCUGGCCGUAGUCCAAGAUGGUACGGAAGCGAAGGCGGCCGCCUACCUCGUCCCCGCCAUGGCACACCUCUUCAGCCAGCCUCCGUUUAAGUGCGCCAAUGGACCCGUCGCACUGUUCCUGGUUCCGAACCGUGAGGUGGCUCGCGAAGUCCAUAAGCUGGCCUGUGAAAUCCAGGAAUACACGAAAGUUGGAGUCGCGUGCAUUUGCUGUCGCGAUCCCAGACAACCGCAGCUCGAGCAACUCGAGGAACGUCCUCAGGUCUGUAUCGCGACUCCUGGUCGUUUGCUCGCCUUCUUGAAAGAAGGCAGGCUGAACCUGCGCCGCUGCACGUGCGUGGUGUUUGAUGGACUGGACUACAUGGUGGAUGUGGGGCUCGAAGACGAAGUUCGCGCCAUUGUAGAUUGGAUGCCACCUGGCCGUCAGACGCAAAUAUGGCUCAACUCGCGAACACGGAACAUGCGCCUGCUCUGCGAAGACCUGCUGGAUGACUACGUCCAGGUCAGCAUCGGGGUGAAGAUGGUGCUUUCAGACCAGAACGUCGAGCAGAUCGCCAUCGUAUGCGACGAGGCAGAAAAAAACGAUCGACUCCUCAGUGUUCUCCAGGACAUCCUCAACGAAUCAAGUAGCAAGGUAAUCGUAUUUGUCGAAACGAAGCGGACGGUCGACGACGUCGCCACUCUGUUGUUACUUCGAGAGUGGCCCGUCAUCGGAGUUCACGGAAAGAAGAAGGACGACAAACUGGACUGGGCCUUCACCACGUUUCGCGACAACUGGGCUUCCGUACUUGUGUGCACCGACGUGUGCGCGCGAAAACUGGACGCAGCUGCGGACGUCCGCUACGUGAUAAACUACGACUACCCCGGGAGUUCGGAGGUUUACAAGAGGCGCCUCGAACAUGUCUCGGGUUCCGGCCGCACCGCUGUUGCGUACACGCUCUUCACGCCCAAGGAUAAGCGAUAUGCUGGGCACUUCAUGUCGAUUCUUCUGGAGGCAAAACAGGUUGUACCACCCGAACUUAGAGACAUGGCCAAAGGAACCGUGCGGAAUCGCAAACUUGGAGUUGGUCGCACUGGCGAGCGCCGUGUUCCGUGA